AAGAGACGCUAACUACUUAUCAAGCCGUUUUUUCAACGCAAAGAUAUUUCCAGACGAAACUAGAUGUAAAACAAUACAUCUAAGUUUCUAUAACAACUAAUAAUCUUCUCUAUUAUUUGUGAAUCCUGCCAAAACCGAAGCGUUGCACCGGUGACAAGAGCAUUGUUGUAUACAACUCAGUUUUUCAUCUUAUAAUUUAAAACCGGCAAAUUGCAAUAGAAAAUGACGCCACCAGUGAAGAAAUAUGGAGCCAAGAGAGUUCUCACCCGAAGCACCUCAGAAUCAGCAAUGAAUGCUCUCUUUGUAACAAACAUGUGCGCCAGAUAUCGCAGAAAGCACAAACAAACUCGGAAAAGACUCGAUAGUAAAAAUCUACCGGAAUUGCCACCGAUUGAUGCCAAUCAUGACUUGCUAGAUGAUUCAGAUUCAUCAUUUCAUGUAAAAAGAGCCAAUGAUACAUUUGAUCAAUUGAAAAUGGAACCUAUAAACCACACUACAGAAAAAACUACUCCUAAAGGUAUUAAAUCAGAGACUAGUGAUGAAAUAACACCAAAAUCCAAAGAGAAUAAUAACAUAAAUCUAAGUAAUUCACAUGACAAAUCAGAAAUCAUCUCAAAAAACUGCACAUCACCUAUGAACCAAGAGAUUUUAUCGUAUUCAAGCACAUUUGACAGUACAGCAUCUAAAUCAGGAUCAUCAAAGCGGAAAAAAUCACCAGAGGCUGUUUUUAGUUUAGAUGAAUCCAUUGAAGCAGAUCUCAAUAUUUCUAUAAGUAAAGUAAGAAAAAACUCGAAUAAUCUUGGCAAAUCAGUUGUUUGCAGUACACCAAUCACAGAAAACAAGAAAUUAAAAGCGUUGCAUGUUUUAACACCAGUUAAAGUCCAUGAUACUGCCAGUCAUGAGUUGAUUAAUGAAUCUGUCCAACAAGUUUACAACUGGAGUUACAAAUCACCUGAAGUAUCUGCUUACAAUCACAUUACAAUGCAACGUGGCCGGAGAUACAAUGGUGAAUUAUACAAUAAUGAGAGUAUCAAUAAUAUUCAUAAAACACCCGAGAAAAACGAGCAGUCGAUGAUGAAAUGGGUUGCUCGAAGGAAAAAAGAACCGACGAAUUCAACUUCUUCGAUUUCCAGUCCGCCGCCACGAAUGGUCGCCUUGAAAUUCGCCUCGAAUCAAUCUCCACCACAUAGUGGACAUAGUGGAACAGCAAGCGCCAUGUUGAGUAAAUGCAUACCGCUGAAAAUUGCAAUUACAAGACUGCCGGAUGAGUAUGUUUUGGAUAAACUAGAGAAACAAUCGUUUGAAGAGGAAUCACUACCUAAACAGGAUAUAAUUGAAGAUGUGUGUGAUGUAGAUGAUUUAAAAGACUUCGAACUGUGUGUAGGUGAAAAUCCAAGCACUGAGGAUACAAGGUCUGGUAUGGAUUUGGAUAACUUUGAAAAGUUUUAUACUUCGACCAUUAAUACUAUCAUGAGCAGCGUGGAUGAAAAUGCGAGUUGUUUUGAUGUUGAUUCAUCAAAUCACAAUGAUAAUGUCUCUUCUGAUUCAACCAAAAGUAUAAGACGAAGGAGAUUCACUCAAAAUAUCACAAAACGACGUCAAUUACCAAGAAAAGCUAAAAAGUCCACAUCAGUCAUUGAUUAUUCUAAUAAUUCAGACUGUGGGUCUAAAAAUGAUGAUGUAAGCGUUGAAAAGUCGAAAUCUGAAGAAGUUAAUCAUGUACCUGAAGAAAAGCAAAGAUAUACAACACAAAGUCCUGAUUUGUUUGCAUCCACUUUGUUUGAGGAAUUGAAUCAUGAAGUUAUCCUCACCUCUGAUGAAGAAUCUCAAGCUGAAUGUAAAGAAGAAACAGAAGAGGAUAUUAAGGAAGAAAUAUGUGAUGAUGUGGAUAAAGAGGUUGAAGAAGAUAAAGAGGAUAAAAAUGAGGAUACAGGAAAUAAUAGUGAUUGUUUUGUAAAACCCUGUAUGAAAAAGAAGCCCACUUCCAAUGGCCCUCUGGCGGUGCAACCAGGAAAAGCUUGGAGAAGAUCACUGGCGUUUAUGAAAAGGAAUACAAUGGUUGCUUCUGUUUUGCAAGGAGAAACAUGUACUUGCACUGAUUGUGCAGUACCAAACUUAAACAACUGCAUAGUCGCCCGCCAAACCAUCAUGAAAUUAAGCCGUGAACCAGUUGAAAGACGCCGAACAUCAAAUAUGAAGUAUGAACACAAUCAAUUCCGGGACACCGUUGCGUUGGAAGCUCUCAUCGAGAAUAUAUCGCUAAAUGCAAGCAAGCUAGACGUCGACCACGACCCUGACGAAGAUCACGCGCGCAUCUGUCCGUUCGCUAGUGAGCUGGUGCUGCAACGAUGCAAGCAGACGGCGCCCAUCAACUUUUCACAAUGGUAUCCAGAGACUUUACUACGAAAUUGUCUGAAGAUCGGCGAAGGUGUCUACGGAGAAGUAUUUCGGUAUCGCAAUGCGGACUCCGUGGGCACGGCGACGGUGAUGAAGGUGAUUCCGAUCGAAGGCGAGAUGCUGGUUAACGGCGAACGCCAGAAGCAGUUUGAAGAGAUUCUCAGCGAAAUCGUCAUCGCGUCGGAGUUGAGCAACCUGCGCUAUGGCUUGCACAACCAGACCACCGGCUUCAAUCAGUUGAAGAGCGUGCGAUGCGUUCAGGGAGUGUAUCCGGCUCGACUCAUUGAGCUCUGGGAGCUGUUUGAGGAGAAUCGCGGUACAGAAAAUGAUAAUCCAAAGAUGUUUGGGGAAGAUCAGCUGUACAUUGUGCUGGAGAUGGCCAAUGCUGGCUCAGACUUGGAAUCUUUUGUCUUUGCGAACUAUAAUGAAGUCUACGACGUUUUUAUUCAGAUUGCGCUGGCUUUGGCUGUGGCCGAGGAGGAAGUGCAAUUUGAGCAUCGCGAUCUACAUUGGGGCAACGUGUUGAUCAAUCGGGUCCAGAAGGACACAAGGUGCAAUUACAAACUGGAUGGUGAAUCGAUAACGAUUCCGGCCUCGACUGUCGAGGCUAACAUCAUCGAUUUCACGCUAUCGCGGAUUACUUACGAUAAUAUCCACUUCUAUAAUGAUCUAGCUCAGGAUCCCGAUCUGUUCAAUGCCGAGGGCGAUUAUCAAUUCGAAAUCUACAAAUUGAUGCAGCUUGCAAAUCGUAAUGAUUGGGAGCCGUUUCAUCCAGAGACAAACAUCUUCUGGUUACACUAUAUUCUAAUAAAGUUGACCACUGCAGUCCACCUGGUGCGCAAGACAGUCAAAGGCCGCAAUAAGAAGUAUCUGCACACGCUCGUGGACUGGGAGAACGUCAUACUGAAAUACAAAUCCGCAAAACACUUUGUGGUCGAAGUUAUCCUGCCGCAUGUCAGGCAGAAGUGAAAUUUUUAUAUACAGAAAGAGUUUUAAAGAAAGACAUUUCACAAAUUUUCGUGUGUCUUCUAUUGAUUAUUUAUGUCAUUCGUAUAGGUUAAUUUAAUGCAUUGUUUCAUUUUUUUAGUUUGAAUAUAUUUGGAUUUGCUAUGCUAUGUAAACAGAAAAUAUGUGUGCUACAUAGAGAAUUAUCUUAUUUUUGUUCUGCCAAUGCUAUAAACAUGUUUGCGCAGAGUAAAUAUGCUUUUCCCUCA